AUGUUCGCCCCACCGGCCCUGGCGCAGAGCUCGGCCGCUGCGACUCCGUUGCCGCGUCGUGUGACGUACAUCAUCCCCGCCCCGACCUCGUCUCCGCCGCUGUUGUCGCUUCCGCCCGUCGACGUCGACCGAAGAGGCCACACCGCACCCCUGUACACUCGCGCACCAACGGGACUACGCGAUGGUGGUGCGCCUUCGACGAGCCGUCCGCUUCGUUCGUCGCCCCAUCCCCGGCAUCGAUUGGCCGUACAGGCGCUCGCGUUGGAUCUCUCGACCGUCGUUUCGCGUUCCAACGGCUCGGACGAACCGGCGGGGAUCCUCUACACCGGGGCCCGUGACGGCCUACUCUGUUCGUGGGAACUCGACCUCCCCGUCAAGAAGCGAAGGAAACGCUACGGGCAACCAACCGUUGAUCUCGAGGAUGACGACUACGACGAACUCGGCAGCGGUUCGGAUGACGAUGACGAGCGCGAGGCCGAACGACGGCAUGAUCCGAACGAAUCCGAGACGAACGGGAUCCUCGAAUUGGACGACCUCGAUCGCUCGAAUCGAUCCGUCUCUGUUCAAGAGGCGCAGAAUAGAGCGAGGAGCGACUCGUUCCGUCGAGGGUCCCAUGCCUCGGCCUCGACGGCGAGAGGAGCCAAAACCCCCGCCGAGAAUGGUGUAAACGAGGCUUUGCCGAUCGAGGAGCGGUGGGAGAUUGAUGACGAUAGGUUGAACAACGGCCCGAGACCUUCACGUUUUCGUCAGUGCAUUCAGUCCCAUACCGAUGUAGGUGCCCUGAUCGCGCGAAACAAAAAUAGACCGAGCAUAGCUGAUUUGUCCCUUCCUCUUCCACGUGCACGUGCAACCCGCAGUGGGUCAACGACAUUGUGCUUUGCAACUCGAAUCAAACUCGUACGUCCGUACCAAAGCGUGAACGUUUGAGUUGAGCUGACGACUGCUCUUCAUCACAGUGGUUUCGGCCUCGUCCGACUCGCUCGUUCUGGCGUGGAACCCGCAUGCAUCCUCUCGACAGACGCAAGUCACUCCACAACAGAUUGGCAAGCAUACGGACUAUGUGCGAUGCCUCACCUCGGCGCGCGAUGCCGGAUGGGUGGCCAGUGGCGGAUUUGAUCGCAAGAUCAACCUAUGGGAUCUCGGAGAAGGUCGCGAGAAGCCCAUCAUCGACCUCACCCCUCCGGCAUCGAUCUAUUCGCUAUCUUCGACGCCCUCGGGAUCACUGCUGGCGGCGGGGACGCCGGAGCGCGUUGUGCGCGUUUGGGAUCCUCGAUCGAGGUCCCAGGUUGCUCGAUUGGGUGGGCAUACGGACAACGUGCGAGCCGUGUUGCUGGCGGAGGAGGGCAAAUGGGUAUGUUCAUAGCUGGAGCACUUCGGAUGGUCCGCGUCGAUGCUAACGUUCACGUGAUCCUGGUAGCUUCUGUCGGCGUCUUCCGAUGCGACCGUCAAGCUCUGGUCCCUCGCGGCCCAAAGGUGCCUGCACACCUUCUCGCACCACUCGGAGUCCGUGUGGUCGCUCUUCUCGCAGCACGCGUCGCUCGAGAUUUUCUACAGUGGAGACCGAGUCGGCAACCUGUGCAAGAUCGACCUGCAAGGGACGGGUGAGCCAGGCGAAGGCGAAUGCGUGUUGCUGGCUCGCGAUUAUUGCGAGGACGAUCCGAGACCGGGAAGUCAGGGCAUCUCGCAAAUCGUGGCGCACGACGAUGCGUACGUGUGGACCGCGGGAAGCAGCAGUACCGUCAAGCGCUGGCGCGAUUGCCCGCCACGCCUGCGCCGCGCUGGUGCCAUCACGACUCGACGCGAAGGGAUGGCCUCGGUCGUGUCCUUGUCGGCACCGCUCGAAGAGGUCGACUCGAAUUAUCGACCCAUGACCCCGCUGCGACCGGAGAGUUCGCCUGAUGGUCGCGAGCGAUCGGCCGUCGUUUCCUUUGCCGAGAGCCUGACCUCGGGCCUCACGCGGACGGUGUCGUCCCCGACAUCUCCGACGGGAGCGAGUGGGAGCCAGCUCGUGGCGCAUCGUCCCUCAUCCCUCCGAGCUCGAGUGGUCCCAUCGGCUAGUAGUGCUCGCCCCAGUCUGAGUGGGAACAACACAGGCUCAAGCUCUCAGCGCCUCUUUGACAUCCACUACGACUCGCUCGUACCCUUGCGGUCCCCGGAGGCGUCGUACUUCUCGUCCGCUUUCCUGCAUCGCGCACGGGAUCCCGAUGCGGCGACGAUUUACUCGGUCACUUCUGGCCCAAGUCAGAGCUUCGGAUCGCGGAUCGCGGCCUCGGCUUCGCCUUCUAUGCACCACAUCCCGUGUAGCUUAUCCGAGGUCACGCGUGAAACCAAUCUGGCUCGUCAGGAAUACAUGGAUCGAGAAGACUGCAGCGAGGCCACACCUCUGCGAUCGAGUCCGGACGGCGUCAUCGAAGGUGGCCAAGGACUGACGAGGUGCGAACUGCUGAACGAUCGUCGGCACGCACUUACGAUCGAUACCGAGGACGAAGUCGCGCUGUGGGACAUCAUUCGGUGCGAGUGCCUAGGCGUGUUUGAACCCCAGGAAGUGCAGCAGCUGCGUCGACGCCCCUCUGAUGCGGUCUCCAGCAUGAGUGGAUCGAGCAGUCCCGUCUCCGACGCCGUGUCUUCUGCGGACCUGCUGGACUCGGUACGGGAACGCAUCGAAGGCGAAGGUGCGGUCGCGACGUGGUGCAAGUGCGAUGCUCGAACGGGAUCCCUCGUCGUUCAUCUGGAAGAGGCGAGAGUCUUUGAUGGCGAAGUCUACGCCGACGAAGCGAUGCACAUCUUGGCGGGCCGGGAUCCCGGUCCGGAGCAUCGCAUCAUCUUGGGCAAAUGGGUCUUGCGCAACCUCUUUGACAGCUUCAUCGAAGCCGAGCUCGAACUGCGAGCAGGGGGGCGUACACCCGUCCCGCAUUCGAGGCGGGCGAAUGGGGUGCCGAAUUUCAUCUCGCUCUCGGGAUUGGCGACGGCGAUGACCCCUGCUCCGACGGGGCUAAAGACACCCGGAAUGACGAUCGCGCUCGCGACGCCGGCGCUAAACCCCGUCAUCAUUCCGGCGCAUGCACCUCCUUCGUUCAAUUCCUCCCCUACCGCAAUUCGCUCGCACGAUCUCGAGACCAUCCCCCAAUCACCUACACCGCACGUCUUUGAUGCCGGCGACUUCGCGCGCAACAGCGUCACUCCCGGGCUGGCCAAAACCCCCGCUGCGAACGGUCGAGGUGAGAAUGACUACUUCUCCCUCCCAACUUCUCCGAACGAUCCGACAACAGCCAGUCCCGUCAUUCCCUCGUCACCUGGGCCUCUACCGACUCCUGGAGGAAGCCUGAUGGGGAGGUUGAGGAAUCUGGGCAAGGCGUCGAAGAAGCCAAAUGUAGAGUCGACGGAGGCUCCUGCGGCAACUUCGUUGCCUCUCGAACCGGAAAUGGUCGAUGUAAGUUCGGAUGGAGAAGCUCGAUAGCCCUUUGAUCGCACUACUGAUCGUGCCCCGACCCCCCUCUCCCUCUGCCAUGCAGACUCGUUCCGCGGCUGAACAACACCAGCAUCAAGUGCUGCAAACCGUUUUCUCCCGUCCCUUGACUCCUUGCGAACCCGAAGAUGCCCCAACUUUGACCUAUCCGUCCGAUACGGCCAUCAUCAUCAGUGAAGGAGGGUUCAACUCUUCCGCUUCGUCCGUCAUUUAUCGUGGACUGGUCGGAACGGGUCGAGAAGACCUGGGCGUGUUGGAGCAAAAGGCGCCGCUAUGGUUGCUGGAUUUCCUCUUGGGUAACAGGGCCAUUAUGAAAGAACCGGUCAAGCUGGUCAGUGGAGUAGGCGAUUGGCAUUGGCAGGCGUUUGGAGCUGACAGCGUUUCUUGGGUCGUGCGCAGUCAUUCCUGAUCCAACCGUGGACAGACGAGAACGGCAAAUCCGACCUUCCAGAACUGCCCAACUCGUGAGAGUAGAAAAGAGACAACACUGCAACUACGCGCUAGACCUCUGAUAAUGUUCUUUGUUCCCACAGAAAUGCACGACUUACAGCGAAUCGAACCCUUCGCCUGCGUAAAGUGGUCGGCUUCGUCGCGGACAAACUGAACCUUGGCUCGAUCGGAGGACGGACCAGUAUAUCCAGCUCGAACGAUCCUUCAAACCCGACCACAACGACUACCACUACGUUGACCACCGCAUCCCCCACCGCCGACGCCCCCGAGCCCAUUUCCGAAUCGGCCGCCGUUUACGACCCGGAGAAAGAACUUGAGAUCCUCGUGGGGGACGUUGUGCUCCCUGGAUGGUCGACGAUCGCGAGUGCGAGGACGUUCCAUUGGAAGAACGGUGGUGAUUUGGUGUUGCAUUAUCGGUUCAAGAGGACUGGCACUGCAUGA